UUUGCCUUUAUUUUAUUUUAUUUUAUUUUAUUUUGAUAAAUAGAUUGAAAUUUAUUACCACUCUCCAGGUUUACGCGGUCAGCGGCUAACUUAAACUCGAAGAACUCACUCCUCUCUCCUCACGCUGACCUCCGACGUAAACCACAGAACUCUCUCUUCCGUUCUUCCUUCCUUCUUUCUCCUCUUCUUCCAAACUUUCCAACUCGCAAUAAUUCUUUUGGCUUCCUCCUACUUGUCUCGUUCUCAAAGGAUACAAGUCUCGCUUCAUCGCCAAACCUAUAUCUCUAGGGUUCAUCGUCUCUACCUAGACUGAUUCAAUUGGCUUCAUCACACUCCAGCUGCUCAACCCUUCACUUACUUUGUUUUUCCUUAUAACUAAUCCAUCAUGACUGAGCCAGAGGAUGUUGAAGAAGAUCUGUUUGCGGAUCUGUAUGAUGCGGAUGAGACCACAAAUCAACCCACGUCUGCUGUUGAAACCCCAAUCGUCACGGAACCAUCAGCUUUCACCCAACCGGCUCUGUCGACGGGUUUGUCUGCAACCCAUGCCUCCGAAGCUGCACCCAUCGAUAUCGAAGAUACGCGCGUUGCCCACCAACAGUUCCCACAGGAUGGAGUUUACCAGCAUGGUACAGGCAACCUAGAUUCUAACUUCACCAAUAAUAUCACUCCUACAUCUGGGGAAACAGAGCAUCAUGGAACUGGGAUCAAAGAGGAUGGGAAGAUGUUUAUCGGUGGUCUCAACUGGGAAACAACUGACCAAUCUCUAAAGGAUUACUUUUCUCAGUUCGGAGAGGUUCAGGAAUGUACUGUGAUGCGAGACAGCGCUACUGGUCGCUCCAGGGGGUUUGGUUUCUUAACAUUUAGAGAUCCUAAGACUGUCAAUACUGUCAUGGUUAAGGAACAUUACUUAGAUGGAAAAAUUAUCGACCCGAAGCGUGCGAUCCCCCGCGAUGAACAAGAGAAGACGAGCAAAAUAUUUGUUGGCGGUGUUAGUCAAGAAGCCAACGAACAAGACUUCAAACAGUUUUUUAUGCAAUUUGGUCGCGUGAUCGAUGCUACAUUGAUGAUUGAUAAAGAUACUGGGCGGCCCCGUGGCUUUGGCUUUGUGACUUUUGACAGUGAGGCUGCUGUUGAGGCAGCACUUUCGCGUCCGUUAGAGAUCCUUGGCAAACCUAUUGAGGUCAAGAAGGCUCAACCUCGCGGUAAUCUGCGGGACGAAGAGGACCGCAGGAACCGUCGUGGCAGAGAUGGUUUCCGCGACGGGAGCCAAAUCGGCAGCGAUGGGUCUCAGCAGCAAGGCUCUCAAGGCCCGGCAGGCAUGCCUAGCGGUUUAACCCCACAGAUGAUGGCACAGUAUUGGCAACGGAUGCAACAAUAUUUUGCGUUGAUGCAGCAACAAAUGGCCGUCGCCGCUCAAGGGCAAGGCAUGGGUACAAUGAGCAUGGGUGGUAUGAACCCCGCUAUGAUGCAGCAAAUGCACAUGAAGCAGAUGCAACAGAUGCAAAUGGGCAACAAUCAACAGCAGGGAAGUAUGAGCCCUCCAUCGCAGAGUCAAACCCCUCAAAUGCAGAACAUGAUGAACCCCGCUAUGAUGCAACAGAUGCAGCAGAUGCAAACCCAAGCUCAAGGAGGACAGAUAGGGAACGCUAUAAGUAUGGGAGGUAAUAGCCCUGGAAACGCAAACAUGGGUGGAAAUUAUUCGGGGCCUCGGGGAGGCCCAGGGUACAACGCUCAUGAGCAGAUUGCUUUUGAGCAACAGAAGUACGAACAACAGCAAGCUCGCCGGGCCAUGGAAAACCGGGCGUUCUCUCCCUACCAACAAGGCGGUCCAACUUCAUGGGACGGUAUGUACGAUGAAGUGCCCCAGCCCAACAUCCCCACGGGACCGCAAGCCAUGAAUCGUGCUGGCAGUAUGGGACGUGGGCCCACACCACAGCCCCAGAGUGCCGCACCAGCCAACGCUCCCACUGGACCCAAAAACGCUGGAAAGCCUGGGGCCAAUUAUCGCGGUGGAGGUCGUGGAGGCCAUCGCGGUUUUCAUCCUUAUGCUCGCGGCUAAACCGAAGCACUUACUCUACUUGACUUGUCCUUCAGACUUUACUUUUUGUGUGCUCUUCAAUCCAUUCGACAACAAUUUUUUCAGUUAACUGGUCUGCUUUUCUUGCGUUCAUGGGUAGCAGACAACAGUGCCGCAUGUUGAGCUAAGCGUCCAAAAUGGUGAUGUGUCUAAUGUACUUAUUUAACUAUGCUACUCCCAUCCGAUUUCUGAAAGUGCUCUCCGCUGUCUACUAAGUCCUUCCGAAUUUCUCCGCUCGAGUAGAUAAAAUCAACGAAUAUAAGCAGCAAAAACUCGUCAUGAUCACUUACGCGCCAGAAAUGGAGACCACUUGAUAAUGUGAUGCUUCACCUAUUCCAUAUCACAGAUUAAUCAGCUGAUCCCAUGAUGGGACGGACUUAUGAUGAGGAUGCCAGUAAGGAGACAAAAAUAAACAAGAUAUAGA